AUGACACGUCUGCGGAACGGUGUGUUGAACACGUGCGCGGCGGCAGCGCGAUGGGAAGAGGCCAUGGUCAUUGUGGGUUACAUGCGAUUUGCAACGGAGCUCAGCUUUCUUCCAGCAAUCAGCGCCAGUGCGCGGCAACAAGAAGCAGGCAUUGCGCAACAGCUCUUGUCGCAGAUGCAGCAAUGUUCAUUGCAAUUAACGGCCGAGAUUUUCACGGCCGCGAUGGGCGCAACGGACGACAGCUGGGGACAGAACCCUUUCUUCGAGGCUGGUUGGCCAUGGGCGUUGCGAAUGCUGAGAGAUAUGGCCCUCGCCGAAACCCGUGUUGAUGCAGUGGCCAUGAAUGUUCCAUUGAACAAAUGUGUUCGCGCCCAAUGCUGGGAAACUACGCUGGGCAUGGCUCACGCGUUCCAGGCCGCAGGCUUGCUUGCGACAGCAAUUACGGAUGCCGCAUUCAUCAUGGGCCAUGCACUGUCGGACUUGUGGCAGAUGUCCUUGACGCGACUGAGUUCAUUCAGUGGGAAAUCCGUGGUUACGCUGAACCCACUUCUCAGCGCUUGCGAGCGUGGUGGAGCAUGGAAGGUGGCCAUCCGAAGCUGCCGAGAAGCUGCCAUGGCCCGGCUUCAGAUGGACACCAUCAGUGUGAACUCUGCCAUCAGUGCUUGCGCUGCCGGGGGCCGCUGGCUCGAGGCAUCCUCCUUGCUCUGCUCGGCACGCUACAUGGGGCUUCAAGCAGAUGCCUGGACACUUGACUCCCUGAUGAGCGCCGUAGGCGGUCAGCUUGGGUGGGAUUCCGCGCUGAACCUUCUCGACACCUCCAGAGUCCUAGGAGUGGAGCCAGAACUCGCUGGCGCUGCAGCCUCACUGGACGCCUGCUGCCAUUCGAAGGACCAGGGCGCCUGGGCUGCGGGGCUCGACUUGGGUGCUUGGAUGCAGGCGCUUCUGCACGAAGCAGAGAAUUUGGCCGUUGAUGCGAAGCUGGAUGGCGUCACGGAUUUGCAGUUGGUGGUGCAAGACUUUGCAAAGGUUUCUUCUCACGAGAUGGUGAAGCUUGCGAAAGCGGCAAUCAACGGCAGUGUGCCUGAGCUGGAGCGCUUGCUAGAACAGCGGUUCGAUCCAGAUAUCGCAGUCAUAAGUGCCCAGCAUGAUGCAACUGUCCAGUUGGACACGCCUCUGAGUAGGGCAUCUGACAGGGGCCAUGUGGAGAUUGUGCGCUUGCUGUUAGAGGCUGGUGCUGGUACCAACGGUUUCUGCGAAGAAAGCCAGCUUCCUCUUGUGCGGGCGUGUAGACGGGGCCAUCUGACCUUCGUGCGUAUGCUUUUGGCGGCGAAUGCUGACGUGGAUCGAAUGGGUUUUUGCAGCAGGCCAGGGACAGGCCUACGAUACCACAUGCGAGUGCCAAAUCUCUCUGGCGGAUCUUCUGUGGUGAAGCAGCGUCUCCUGGUGAAGGCCCGUGCUGUCAUUGACAAGACAGCUAGUGGCUUCGAAGAAGGUACACCCCUUCGUGCAGCUUGCGCGGGUGGCCAUAUGGAAACUGCGCAACUGCUGCUGGAGAUGCGCGCCGACAUUCACAAGGGCACGAACGAUCUUACAGGCGGUACACCGCUUCAUGCAGCAGCAGGCAGCAGUGGUCAUGUUAAGAUCGUGCGACUGCUGGCAGAGGCGCAGGCGGACCUCAGCAAAGCUCUACCAGUACCUGCCAAGACACAGGAUUUGGGCAGAUGCCUUAACUUGGAGAGCCUCCCUUCAUCCUUCCUCCGCACCGCGAAGUUUGUUUCCGACUCCCACGUCGACUUUGAGAAGGGAGCAAAGGGCACACCCAUUCGCGCGGCGCUUGACAAUGGUCACCUAGAUGUCGUGAGGCUGCUGCUGGAACUGCGAGCCGAUGUAGACCUAAAGAGCGCCGAACCGGCUGGCGAGGUGUCCGCCGGCAGCGACUUUUGCACCUGA